UUCCAACAAUGGCAACCGACGAACGCCGACUCAACCUGAAGAGGGAAGUUGGGAUUAUCGGAGCAGUAUCUUUCAUUGCUGGGACCAUGAUGGGCUCUGGGAUCUUCAUCUCACCCCAGUUUGUGAUUUCCACCAUUGGCAGUCCGGGGGUCAGCCUCGUUAUAUGGGCAGCCUGUGGGCUGAUAGCCAUGCUGGGGGGGCUCUGCUAUGCUGAAUUGGGAACAGUAAUUCCAGAAUCCGGCGGAGAAUAUAUCUACAUGCUAAGGACAGCGGGGAAAGUGGUGGCCUUCAUGUUUGUCUUCAGCUUUGUGACUGUCAUGAGACCUGCAAGCGCCACCGGAAUUGCGCUCAGCUUUGCCGAAUUUGUCGUGGCUCCUUUUUACACCAGCUGUGCCGCUCCACCGCUGGUGCUCAAGUGUGUUGCUGCAGGAGCCAUCAUCGUUCUGGUUUUGGUGAACUGUCUGAGUACCCGACUGGCCACCAUCAUUCAGGUGGUCUCUAUGGUGGUCAAAAUGCUGGCAAUGGCUGUGAUCAUACUGGGAGGAGUGGUGAUGCUUUUCCACAAAGGCACUGGGAACUUUGAGAACCCUUUUCAAGGAAGCGAUUUACGUGUCGGAUCCUUUGGCAUUGCUUUCUAUCAGGGUUUGUGGUCCUAUGAUGGCUGGAACACUUUGAAUUAUGUAACUGAGGAGCUCAAAAAUCCAGAGGUGAAUCUUCCGAGAGCAGUAAUCAUUGCAAUCGCAACGGUAACUGGCUUGUAUCUGUUGGUGAACGUCAGCUACCUGACAGUAAUGACGCCGAAAGAGCUCAUUUCAUCCAGUGCAGUGGCUGUCACAUGGGGGAACAAAGUGUUGGGAUCCUGGGGGUGGAUCAUGUCAAUAGCUGCAGCUUUGUCGGCUUUUGGCUCACUAAAUGGGACGUUCUUCAGCGGUGGACGAGUGUGCUUUGUUGCUGCACGUGAAGGACAUAUGCCAGAAAUUCUGUCAAUGGCUCACGUGCACAGACUGACUCCAUCGCCAGCCCUCAUUUUCACCACUGUGGUUUCCUUGCUGGUGCUCAUCCCAGGAGACUUUCAGAGUAUUGUCAACUUCUUCAGUUUCACAGCCUGGUUUUUCUAUGCCAUCACAUUGUCUGGUCUCCUCUACCUCAAGAUCAGGAACCCAGAGCUCCCAAGGCCAUACAGAGUUCCCAUUGUACUCCCCAUACUUGUCCUGAUUGCAGCAGUAUUCCUUGUGCUGGCCCCCAUCAUUGACAAUCCGCAGAUCGAAUACCUCUACGUGACUUUAUUUAUCUUCAGCGGGGUUAUCAUCUACAUACCUUUCAUACAUUACAAGCUAUGCCCAGGCCUGUUAACAAAGUUAACCAUAUUCCUGCAGCUGUUUUUACAGGUUGCUCCAGCUGAAAAAAACCUGUGAUGUGGGUUGAAAGAUUUGAUUUGAAUUUCCUGCCGUUUACUGGCAAUUUCAAGUUUUAUGUAACUUCAACCUGAUUGCAGUGAUGUACAAGUUACACUUCUACAAAUAAUCACAACUAUGUACAAUUUGGUUGGAACCACCAUUCAACUAAAGUCUAACAGACGUCAGAUGUCACCCUGCAAUGGAAAAACUUACACAGUACAUUUAAGAGGCAAGAAGCCUUUUUUUCCACUUGACUUCUUGCUCUUAAUCAAACAUAGUGAUUAUCAACAUAGCAUUUCAUUUUGACAUUUUGAUAAUUUUAAUAAUGUGGUUGUUUUCAUUAUUUUUCCUGCGGGCAAUAAGAUGAGCCUCCUAAAAGAGUCACAUCUUCUGCACCAAAAACAAAAAUGGGAUAGGUCUAAAAUUGUCUCAUGGUCGUUUGAGAGAAGCUCCUCACUGCAUCCACUGCAGUUCAUUAACUUAAUUGCAAAACAUUUUACAAGUAGGUUUUCUCUGGGCACUUGGCCUUCCUUACACAUUGCAAAAAUAUGCAUAUCAUUGAAGAUGAGUCUAAAUUGUCUACAAGUGUAAAUGUGAGCGGGAAUAGCUGUUUGUUGUUUCUAUAUGUGCCCUGCAAUCAACUGGCAAUAUCUUGAUUUAUGAAUAUUCAUUCAUUCAUCUUUUGUACCGCUUAUUCCCACUAGAGUCUCAGGCGUGCCGGAGGCUAUCUGAGCUAACUCUGGGCCAGUGGUGGGGUACACACUGUAUUAGUUGCAGGGUACAUAUACACAACCAUUCGCACUCACAUUCAGACUUACAGGUUUUCAAUUAAUCUGCCAUGCAUGUUUUUGGGAUGUGGGAGGAAACCGGAGUGCCCAGAGAAAACCCAUUCAGGCACAUGGAGAACAUGUGAACUCCACACAGGAGGGGGCCGGGAUUUGAACCCUGGUCUCAGAAUUUGCUUGGCAGAUGUGCUCACCGGUCAUCCCAACGUGCCACAUUUAUGAAUACAGUGUUCUCUCGUUUAACACAAGGAUUAAGUUCCAAAAAAUACCCACGUUAAGUGAAAACUAUAUGCAGUAGAGUUUUUUUUUUGUCCAAUUUUUAAUAUUUUUUCAUUCAUAUUUGUUUUCGCUUACAGGAUGUGGUUUUUCAUUUACAAUGUGAUUGUUGUUUGUUUUUUUAAUUUGUUAUAUUUUAAGAUUGUUAAAUCCCUAAGCACACACUUUUCUGACAGGCAUUAACAUUUCCUCACAUUUCUCGGUUAAACACUCAAAAUUCAAAGCUUCGUAGAUUAAAAAAAAAGUACACCGCUGUAUUCUAGAAAGAAACCAAAUAUCAAAACCUAUUUGAGGACAAAUAAUAUAUUUAAGAAAUACAUAUCUAAAUAUCCAGGACCGGGUACAAACAAGCAUUUUCCUAUAAAAAGAAAUAUGUAUAAUUUUUAGAAAUAAAUUUCAUUUUUAAGAUCAAUCUCCAAGGUUGGACAAAUUAUUAAUAGCGACUCAGGCAUAUUUGACAGUCCCUCUGGGCGUGCCUCUUUGUCCUGGCACUUGACCCACCUUGGUGCAGGUGUCUUUUUUGCGAGUGAAAAACAUAGCUAUGGGUAGUCGUUGGCCCCCUUUCUUCUGGGUGAGAAAAUUCUAAUAAGCAUGACAUGCCACAGUUUGGGACAGUGGUGCAGCUGGUAAAGCGUUGGGCUCACAGUUCUGAGGUCCUGAGUUCAAUCCCAGACCUACCUGUGUGGAGUUUGCAUGUUCUCCUGCAUGGGUUCCCCCCCCCCCUUUUUUUUUUUUUUACGGAAUGACUUUUUAGGUAUAUGGCGUUGACUGAAAUUAAAAUGCUGAAGUCAUGAUUUUUGUGAUUUAGAAAUGUAAAUAUUUAGUGGAUAUACUGUACUGUUGUGUUAUAUCAUUAAUUUUUAGCUUAUAUGAUACAUUUUAAUGUACAUCAGAAUGAGGGAUUUUUCUCUGGAGUCAUAUGGUGUAAAUGUUUAACUUUUUAUUCAAUAAUUGUAAUUCACUGUAAUGGCGUCAUGAAAAAGCAUGAAUGAGUCACUGUGACACUUUCAAAUGUAUUGUUUGACACGCAACGGGGAAGAACAGGGAUAAACUAGAAUCUAGCUAUAAAGUCUACCCGCACACAUAGUAAGUUUCUUUCGGCUUGUCCCUUUCGGGGUUGCCACGGUGUGUCAUCUCAGAUGAACGCACAUAUAUGUUUGGCACAAUUUUUACACCGGAUCCCCUUCCUGACCCAACCCUUCUCAGGGAGUGGAGGCCCCAGUGGGAUAUGAACCCACAACCCCUGGUUUACCAAACCAGUGCUCUAACCACUGAGCUACGGGGCCUCUAAACCCCGCACACAUAUACAUAUGCACAUACAUAUGUGAUAUACACACACGCACAACAGUACAUGUAUGCGUUCUGAACAGUUUGAUAUAGUGCCCACAUUUUGGUACGCAGUAAUUUACAAUAGGUAAAUCUAUUUACUGUAUAAAUAUCUGAUAAAUAUCGUGAGGACCUGUACUAAGCUGCUCAACCUCAUGCCUUGCUAUUGAGAGCAGAUGUAUUAUGCUGCUCCUCUGGCAUCCCUGCCGACCAAGGUAGGAUGCAUUCAGAAAAUGAGCCAGACAUCCGACCUCUACACUCAGUGUGGAGUCCGGACUGUAGCAGAGCAGCACCGGAGGGCAAUUCUGAAAACACACCAAGCAGCUGAGACAGACGCUUGCACGUUGUUGCAACUUGGCUAGUUCCACAGACCCUUUUGAUAUCAAAAUCCUCCACCAUCCUUCAAUCUGGAAUUUCUGACUACUUUUGCUUUGGUGUUAAGUAUGUCCCAGAUGGCAAGCAUGUCAGGCGAAAGUACAAGAGUAUGUUGUGUCAAGAGUGCCUAACUCCCUCAAUGGAAAUACAACAAACACGACAUCACAUUUACGUAGAUAUCCCACAAAUGACAAAAAACAAAGAGCAGGCGACAUAUUUGGACAACUUGAUUUAAUUAAACUGAGGAAACUGAA